GAAUAGGACGUGUUCAGCUGUUUUAACAUGUAGUGUAGGCUUUCAGAAUUUUGCAUGUAGGAUUUAAUAAUUUGUUCAAUUAAAAAAAAAAAAAAAGCUUUCAACAUUUUGAACUGGAAAAGCAUGUCACAAUACAGCGUUUUCACUAUAUUGCCUCUGGUUUAGUGUGUUUAUUUGUUACCUCACGUGGCAAUUGCAGCCAGCUGAAGAGCUGAAGUUUGUUUUGCUCCAAAAACAGCCAGUGCUCGUUUUCUGAGUGCUGUUUGAAUUCCAUCAGUGCAAGCACUUCAGGAACACAAAAACAACAGUAGAUCAUUUAAAAUAUGCGAGUUUGCUCGCCUGCUUAGUUGGUAAGUUACUUAACUUCCCUGGAUUAACGCUAAUAACUUCAUCAGCACAGAAGCGUGACCCUUUAAAUGUGUGCUCCUUUCCAGACAUUGCUUCCUAAUUUUAGAGGUUUCAUGUUGCUGAAAGCAUCUGAGCCAUCGUGUGUGGACAUUUGGUGUGCAGAAGCAUCUGACCCACCUCCGGGAGCGGCGUUCCACUCCCACCCUUCAGCAUGGCCGAGGCUGCCUGUCACACCGGUUGCCUGCAGUAGUGGUUGCAGGGCAUUCAGACGAAAGGCUCCUGCCAAAGAGAGGCAAAAUGGAGCGCCGGGAGAUCACUCUGGAGGCUGACAGACUCCACCAAAACCGCCUGUCGAGCGUCACUGAGGAUGAGGAAGAGCAGGACGCGGCAUACACCAUCGUGACAGUCCUGGACAAAGUGGCCAACAUCGUGGACAGCGUGCAAGCGAGCCAGAAGAGAAUAGAAGAGAGGCACAGGGAGAUGGAAAAUGCCAUCAAGACCAUACAGAUUGAUAUCUUAAAGCUUGCCCAGGCUCACGGCAAUACUGGCUACACGGUAAACAAGCUGCUGGAGAAAACCCACAAGGUCAGCUCCACCAUGAAGGAAGUACGAGCACGGGUGGAAAGGCAGAGCGCCAAUGUACGGAAGGUGCAGACAAAGCAAGAGGAGAUGCUGAGGAAAAACAAAUUCCGGGUUGUGAUCUAUCAGGAGGAAACCGAGUGCCCUUCAUCUCUUUCUGUUAUCAAAGAGCAUACAGCUGGCGAAACUUUUGAGGAUGAUUUCCUCCCACCUGAUGAUCUGUCUUCUGAUGAAGAAUACUAUAUUGAAGAGAGCAAAGCAGCUCAGUUCAAGAAAUCAGGCAUGAGGCGCAUAGAUGAUAUCAAAAAGGCAUUUUCAAGAGAAAAUAUCCAAAAGACGAGGCAAAAUUUUGGCAAGAAGGUAAAUAGGCUUCGAACUAGAAUUGUGACCCCUGAAAGGAGGGAGAGGAUCAGGCAGUCAGGAGAGAGACUGAAACAAUCUGGGAUAAGGAUCAAGAAAACCAUCUCACAGGCAGCCCCAACAAAGGAGACGUUCAAGAUCCACAAAAAAAACAAAGAGCGAACGGUAGCUGAGGGCCAGGAGGGGAGUCAGGAGGCUGGUGUGCACAUAGCCACUGAGCUCACGGCUGCUGAGCCCUUCACCGAGGAGAUCUCCUACACAGAAGUGAUCACGAAGGUAAAGAAAGACAAGAACAGCACACCAAGAGGCGCUGCCCAGACAGCUGAAAGAGGAGUGAUGACGAUCCCAGAAGUGGUGCUUAAGCAGGAAGGAAAAGAAGGAGGGGGUGGAGGUGAUGAUGUCCCCUUGCUAGACUUGAAGCAAUCAUUGUAAGGAAUUGAUGAACAAACACCCAUACUGUCCUCAGGCACAAGAGAGAACACAGGCUGUAUGCCCUCAGUUUUAGAAAAAUGUGUGAAUUUUUUGUUCUAUCACAAAACGUGUAUUGAUGUUGUUCUACCACCUAUGUGGGUAUCUGUAGUGUUGUUGUCCUGACAGGAGUGAAGCCACGCCACCUGAACAUACGGACUGCCCCCAAAGAGUGCCAGCAGCCAGCAUUAGCCUAUACAGAACCCACGCAACGUGGCAAAGGGAGAUGGAAAUCUGCUCUGUUUCCAAGACUGAAUUAGCAUUCAUUUAAACAGCCUAAUUACUCUCUUCAGUUUUGUGUACAACAUUAUAAGAACGUCUUCCAUAAUCUCAUACCAAUUCUUUGACUCAGAAAAUGAUAAUGAAGCUAUUACAUCAUAUUAGCAGAAGGAAGAGCUAUGAAAAAUGUCCUUUCAGCAGUACAAACCUUUUCAUUUUAGGGCCCUCACUGCAGCAGCAGGAGGUAAUUCCUGCCUUAUUCGGGGUGGGACAAAAUGUAGGAGGAUUAAUAGGUUUUUUGCAUUUCUUCUUAGUGGAAAAGAGAAGAUUCUGAAGUGUUUAAAGGUUAUUUCUAGAGUUCUGGAAGAGGAAGGAUUGAUGAGCUUAAGCAAGGUAUUUCCUGCACUUAUGGAGUAAGAGUAAUAAAGCAGAGGAUGUUAAAUAUGACAUACCAGGAGGAAAAGAGAAUGAGUUAUAUUCAUGCUAUGGAAAGGCAUGCUAGCAAGAAAUGCAAGGGCAUGAAAAAGUAAAAGAGGAAUAAAAUCAAUGUGUGGGUUCUGGAUAGAUAGAGAUAAAAGCUAGAGUUUGUGUUUGUUCACUCAAGAUCUUUUUAAGAAUUGUUACUCUAUCCAGAGGAUAAUAGGGUUUAUGAAUGUAGCUGACCAGACAAGAGAAUUGUUUUGAUUUCCAUGACUGUGUGGUUUUUCUGAGCUUCACUGCAAUUAAAAUCUAUUCUACAAAGCUGCUGAAGUAAAGGGCCAUAACCCAGCUUUUUGUGUCCCACCACCAUCACUAUGGACAGCCACAGCCUCAGGGAUUACGAGAUGGACACCCUUUGGAGUAUGGAAUGCUGUUUAUUUGCAACCCUCAGUGCCCUGAAACCAGAUAUGUUUGUAAACAUGGCCACGGACAUGAGUUGCUGGACUGUAUUGCUCUCUUCAUUCUGAAAUGGCAUUGCCUUCAAAGCGCUUACCUACAGCAACGUCAGGCGUUAUUGUCUGUGCGAAACCUGUAUGAUAGUGCCAAAAGCUGUAUCAGUGUGUUUAAUUUCUCAGAUUCGUUUUCACAGCAGAUCGUAACUUGAUUAUCUAUACGCAUUGUUUGAGGACUCCCUGUUGUUAAUCUAGAAUUUAAAUAUAAUUAGUUUGAUUUCAA